AUGGAUGAGCUUCGUAAACAAGUUCUUUCUCACACUGCUGGUGAAGAGCGGGUUGAGGUUAAUCAAAGGCACUUAAUUGAUAAGAUCUUGGCGAGGUAUUCAGCAGAAUUUGUGGUAUUUCGAGAGCUAAUGCAAAAUGCAGACGAUGCAAAGUCUUCUAGUGUAGAAAUUAUAUAUGAAACUCAGAACAAAAGUGCAGAUAAAUCUAAUAUAUUAAAAGACAAAUGUGUAAGAAUAUUAUUUAAAAAUAAUGGCUUUGUGUUUCGUCCUGAAGAUUGGAGUCGAUUAAAGAAAAUUGCUGAAGGGAAUCCUGAUGAACAAAAGAUCGGUGCUUUUGGAGUUGGUGUAUCUUCAGGAGGUCAAGGCAUGGCAUUUUAUUGGAAAGGGGAUCAACUAUUCGCCAAACGAGCUGCCAUUAGUCAAGAUGAUCAGACGUGGACAACUUUUCUUAUGGAUAUGAGAGAUCAUGCGGAGUUUCCUAACGCUGAAGAUUUUGGUCGAUUUUUGGCUACAUCAUUGGGUUUCACGGGUAAUCUUCGCGAAGUAUCUGUAUAUUUCAAUGAUAAGAGGAUUAUACGUAUCGCUAAAAAAAUGUCUGACCCGAGGACUAUGACUAUAUUCUCUGGCUUAAAUACGACAUCGCCAGAAAGAAUGUUUAAUUUAAAAUCUGUUGACGUACGGAACGUGCAAUUGGAUGUCGAAAGGAUAAUCAUUCCUUCAAAAUUUUCCCUGACUAGAUCGUCACUGAGUGACUAUUCAACAGAAGAAACAUCCAUAUUUCUUCGAGUAGCUAGUGGCCAUUUAGAUGUACGAGUAUCUAGAGCAUUCUCGGCAGAUAUGGAACGUACAACAAAAAAGAAACCACCAAGUCAAACUAUUAUUCAGAUGAUAUUUACUGGAUAUGACGAGCAGUAUUUUUCUGAAGAUAAAAACAAAAAAAUAUCUGGAAUAUUUAAAAAUUUGUUGCCAUUUCCUGAACAAGGUAGAAUUUUUAUUGGGUUUCCUACACAUCAGACGACUGGGUGUAGUUCUCACUUGGCGGCUCGCUUAAUUCCAACAGUUGAGCGUGAGUCUAUUGACUUAAUCGAUAAAACUCUUGCUGUUUAUAACAACGAAAUGUUAUGUCUUGCUGGAAUUCUGUCAAGAAUUUUGUACGAAGACGAAAUGAGUCAAGUAUCUAAAGUUUAUAGAGAAAUUGUUGGCUCGAACGUAAAAACAGAUGAAGCUACAAAUUCAGCGCGUGAGUGGCUUGAAAAACGAGCUGCACAUGCACUUUCACACUUUACAUUUAAACCUAGCACUCCUAAUCCGCAUGUUGGCCAAAUUAUUGAAUUUCAAUUUUUAAAUUGUGCUUCUCAGCCCUUGUCUAUUAUAUCAACUACUGGAGUUCAACCAAUUAACUUAGUACGAAUGCCUAACUCCGAAAUGGCAGCUUUCAUUAAAACUAUUCCUACAGUUCCCAAAAUUGUCAUGGAACAAUGUGAUAUUUUUAUCAAAAAAGCAAAAAAUAAGAUGAAUAUAAUUAAAGACAUUUCACUAAGCGAUGUCUUUAAUGAAUUACAAAGUCGUACCCUUUCACAAGAGGACACUGUGGCAUUAAUGAAGUGGUGGAUAAAUUAUCGAUCCAAAGAAAAUCAUCAAGUUUCUGAAUCGGAUGUUCAGCAAUUAUUAAAACUUGCUGUAGUUUGUAUUAACGACAAUGUGAUACCAUUGAAUAAAAUUCAGUACUGGUUAAAUCCUUCUGUAGUUCCACCAGAUUAUGAGGUCCCAUCUAAUGUAUUGCCUUAUUCAAUAAGCAAAUCAUUUCAAAAAAAUGAUAUCGAGAAAUGGUUUGGUGGGUGGAAAGAACUUUCACUUGUUACCUGGACACAAUACAUCACAACUAAACCCCAAUUGGAAAAUGAUCCUGACUUCGCGGAAAAGGUUCUGGGAAUAAUUGCAAGAAGUUUUCAGAAAUGCUCAUCAAACGACCAAAAUACUAUCAAACAGUUGCUUGUUGAAAAAAAAUGUAUUCCUACAAAACACGGAUUAAAAAUACCAGACGAUGCAUAUUUCCCAAAUGUGGACCUUUUCCCGGAUCUGCCAAUUAUUAACUUCCAGAAUGUUAAAAUCGUUGAAAAACUAUUACAAAAAUUGGGAGUUCGGAAACAUGUAGAAUUGCAACUCAUUUUCGAUCGUCUAGUUAGUCAAGGAAAUUGGGACCAUAUGCAACUUGUCAAAUAUCUUGCUUCAGUAUCUAAUAACCUCAAAGAAAUUGAGUUGAAAAGGCUGAAAGUUACUGCGAUUUGGCCAGAAGAACAAAACACGAAACCUGAACUUUCACUGGCAAAGACUGAUGGCGAUGAGAUUAAGGCUAAGCCGAGAGUUCAUAGGUUUUUAGCAAGUGAUUUAUAUGCACCAUCGGCGGAAAUGAGAGAAUUCGGGUUGCCUCUAAUCGAAUGGAAUGGUAAAUGGCGAAAAAAUUCCGAAGAAGCAAAAUUUCUUUUUUCAUUGGGUCUGCGAGAAUGUCCACCUCUUAAUAUUAUUCUCCAACUUGCUGAUGUCUCUAAUUCAGAUGCAGCAUUAAGAAGCAAAGCUUUAAAAUAUUUUAUGGAUAAUUUUAAAGAUAAAUACUCUUCUGUGUAUAAAGCUGAGGAAAUAAAAGUGUCAUUUUUGCCAUGUACCGACCCCAAGAUAUAUUCGACACCAAUGGGUUGUUUCUCCAGUCAAGAAUGUACAAUAAUGAAUUUUAACUCAAUGCACCCAGAUUUACGCUUUCGUGCUGAUGAAUUAGGUAUUCGGCAGCAUCCGAGCCGUGAGCAACUAUUGAAUAGAUUGAUUCAAAAUCCACCUGAAAACGAGCAAAGGGCUAAAGAGAUAUUUGGUUAUUUGGCAUCUCGUUUGGGCGAUUUUAAUCAAACAGAUUGGUCCAGGCUUAGAGAUCUUAAUUUUAUUCCGAUCAGAGACAAGACUCAAACUAGCUUGAUAAAAUAUGUCACGCCGAGAAGUUGUUUUUUCAAAGUUCAUGAUGAAGCCUAUGCUGAAUUCUUUUCAUAUGUAGAUUUUGGAGAAAAAGCAAAUAAAUUUUUGCUUAGCUGCGGUGUUAAGACUGAACCAUCUCCGACAGAAUUUGCAGAAUUCUUAGUAAAAUCUUCACACGAAUUUUGGAAUUCUGUUGGCGAUAAUGUGGAGAAAUAUCUUACCGUCCUUCGUAAUCUUGCGGUCAAUUUAAAUUCUAUUUCUAGAAAUAGGUCGUUAUUAGCCGAUAUGAGUCGUGCCCCUAUACUCAUUGGCAUAAAAAGGAAUGAAAUAGAGGCAGACAAAGAAAAGUUUGAUAAAGACCAGGAUAUUGAUCAUUAUAUUUUGGCUCCUGCAAAAGAUAUUUUCAUAAAUGAUGACACAAAUUUUCAGCAUGUUUUCAACCCUCUGACUGCACCUAUGGAAGAGAUUUUGGAAAAUUUUUAUAAGAUGUUAGGAAGUCGUUCGUUGUUUGCAAGUGUUAAGGCGAGCGUACAAGUAAAAGGUAAUCCGAUAUCUUCUACAGGUUCCGCGAGACUGCAAAAAACAAUCAGAGAAAGAGCACAAUUAUUCUACCAUGACAUUCAUCGAUCUGAUGUUAAGCAGUCAGUUGAUUGGGUUCAAAAGUUAAAAGUAAUGGAGACCAGUCAGAUUGAGGCUACCUAUGAGCUUAUAACUAAUAAUCAAAUAAAAGUUGAACCAAUAUAUUCGUGUAUUCAUAAAGAUACACGAGUUAAUAAUUCAUGGACCUUAUAUGUCACUCCUGGAGAACCGGACUAUCUCGAUAUUGCAUCGAACCUUGGAAGACAUAUUUUCAAGAAGUGCAAAUGGAAAGAUAUCUCUCAUUUAGCGAUGUUGUUGACCACGCCAUUAGAUAGUUUAAAGCGUAAAGGAUAUCCAGUUGACCGUAUCAUGUUAAGUUAUAAAAAACCGAUACGUGUUGCCGAGAAAUACGAGACUCCAAAAGCUCCUAUAAUUCCUGAAGUCCAACCGCAGGCUAUGUCUAAUUCGAGUCAUAAUGUUUCUCCUGUAAAACUUACACCAGAGAUCGAAGAAUAUGCAGUUCAGUUGCAGGAAAUGUUUCCAAAAUGUGAUCCAAAUUAUAUUCGUCAAUGUUUAGCUCAAGAAAAAACCGACCAUUUACAGAAAGUUGCUAACAAAUUGGCGGAAGCGAAUUAUCCAGAAAUUGAACCUACACCCAAACCUAACGGAAUUUCCAACCACGAGGAUGAUAUGCUGGGGACAAAAAAAUCCGGCUGGGGCGGGAGUAUCUUUAAGUCUUUGUCUUCUUUGUCUGAUCUUCUUCCAACAAGUUCUACAUCGACUAGUGGUGAAUCACCGAAACCAACAUCUGCUCAGAAGCAACCACAAAAAACACAGUCUACACAAUCUACUAAAGUUACGCCACAAUCUACCCAGAAUCUUCGUAAUGCACUAAAAGACGCUAUUAAGUCUUGUCGUCCUAAUUCUGGAGCUUCAGUGAAUAAUCAAGGGGGAGUUAAUGUUGUUACUGAGAGUCAAACAAGUUACUGUGACGUGUUAUCAGGGCAUUCGCUCGACUUUGUGGGCACCAAUGAUGGAAUUGAACUUUACAUCGAAAAAAAUUUGGACCAUUCAGAAAUAUUUAAAACACCAGCAUUAACACGAUUUAUCAAUAUCCUCAAGGAUCUUGGUGAAGUCUUUGCAAUUCUCCCAAAUGCAAUUCAUAUAUUUUAUGAUAUUACAUCGAAUUCAAUUGCUUUCAAUCGCGGGAAGGCUUUAUUCUUCAACUUUCGAUUCUAUCUUGGAUUACAUGACGAGAUCGAAUCUAGUAGGCCAUCUGUUGACACUAUAUUUUAUUGGUUUAUGACAUUUUGUCACGAAUUGGCACACAAUUUCGUUGGACCACAUAACUCAGAACACGAAUAUUACUUAUCUUCAUUUGCAGAAAUUUAUAUGCCAAGUCUGUGUGUAAGGAUGAAAAAACGUGGUUUAAUAUAG